AAAGGAAAAAAAAGGAAGGAAAGAAGGAAGGAACGAAAAUGAAGAAGAAUUAGUAAUGGAAGAAAGUUAGAAAGAAGGAGGGACACCCGUGAAGAUGAUUGCCAAUUUGUCUCGUUAUUUCGGAAAAUGGAUCGUUUGCUGGCUGGCUUUCGCUGCCGUUUCUGGUCAAGAGGAGAACGGGAGGAACUACAACCAGCUUUCCUGUGGCUCAGGGUGCGAGUGGGCAGCCGUGCACUCUGUGUCCAUCGAGGCGCGCGAGGGCGUGACCCGAGCCUUCUGGCGUCCCGCUGGCUCCUCCUCCCUGGCCUUCGUCCGCCUCCCCCACUGGAGGGCCCCGGAGGUCAUUAGAGCCAACGCGACAUCCAAGCGUGACCUUCAUCCCAGCGACCCCUGCCACGAAGUCAUCGUCCGCGCCAGCAUACGAGAUGACUCUGCCGGACGACUCACGACGACCUACACGCUGGAGAUCCCGUCCCUCGGCGCGAGGUGGACGUCCUCCUCCUCAGGACGCGAUGCUGGGACGACGCGAGGCGACCCACGCGACCCUCCGGUGGUCACCUUCCUGAUGACCGACGAAAGUUAUUGGGGCGACGACUGUGCCUGGGACACGUGCAAUUCCCGACUCAGCAACGCGGGUGGAGGAAUAAGUUGGUGCAAAUGGUUGCUCGUUGCAGAUUUGGUUGCCAUUGCAGCCGUGUUGCUAAUGGCGUCUUUCGUGUUGCUUGUUUUGCUGCGUCGCCCAAAGGGAUCUCGCGCCUCGGGCUUCAAGUCUUUUCCUCCGUCGGUCCUUCUGGCGGAAACUUGACGGAAGACACUGGAGGACCUUCUGGCUUGGCUUUCGUCGCGAUCGGCGUUUCGUUGAAAAAGGAAUAUUUGAAGGCUAAAGAUUAUUCGUAUACUUGGAUAUCGAAAUGUCUGUUUAUCUGUUUAAAGUCAUUUUGUACAUAUUUUCAUGCAUGCGUACAUAUAUACAUACACACACACACACACAAACAAUAAGCAAACACACACACACGCAACUAUAUACUUACACAUACGGUAUACAUAGCUCGGACAAGAGUGAGAUAAAAAAAAAGUUUAAAAUAUAAAAAAGAAAUAUAAAAAAAAAGAAAAAAAAACAAGAAUCAUUUACAAAUUCUCUUAUGAGUGAAAGUCGAAAACUUCUUCCUUAAAACAAUUUAAAGUUAUCCAAAAAAGGAGACAAACUUCACUCGUGACAUUCAGGUUGGGUCAGAUCACGAACUUAACUUUGUCAUUAAGUUCAAACGAUCACAAAGAAUAGUUCUAGAAAUCAGUCGAGAAAUUCAGGUGAAUUGGUUUUCAGGAGAGAGAGAGAGAGAGAGAGAGAGAGAGAGAGAGAGAGAGAGAGAGAGAGAGAGAGAGAGAGAGAGAAAGAGAGAGAGAGAGAGAGAAAGGGAGAGAGAAAGAGAGAGAGGGAGAGAGAGACAGAGGGGGGGGAGAGGGAAAGGAAGAGGAAGAGGGAGGGAAGGAGUGAGUGAGAGAGAUGGAGAGAUAUAGAAAGAAAAGAAAGAGAGAUGGAGAAAUACAGACAGAAAAAACAGAGAGAGAGAUGAAAAGGAGACAGAUACAAAUAAACUCACAAAAACAAACACAAACAAACAAACACACAUACAAACAAAAACAAACGCACACAAAAACAGAUAAAUCCAUAUUUUCCCCGCCGACCGCGACUUACGCACGUAACCCCCAUACAUAAUACACUACCCACCUCCUUCCCUACCCCCUACUCCCCCUCCCCUCCCCCUCUACCCCCUCCCCUUCCUACCUCCAAUGACAUUCAUACUUAUGCAGACCUCGCUAUAUUGUCAGCGGGUUUGACACUCCUAAUGCGUGACUUUUGUCUUUAAUUAUUAAAAGGAUUUAUUGAUUGCUAUGCAUCUCAUCUCUUCGGGGAUAGUGAAUAUCUGAGACAUGGAAUGUAAAU